AUGAAUGAGAAGCAUCGUCUGGCAGCCGAUAAGGCAUGCGAGGAGGCUGCGUUGGCCCCUCGCAAAAGCCUGUCUCCGGCAAAGAGGGCAGUCGUCGCUUGCUUCGCGCUAUGGCUGCUGUCUCUGACUUUCACCUAUCAUCCCGUGAGAUCAUGCUAUCAUCAAAUGAGGAAGCCAUGGGGAGCAUCCCUUACCUUCGAGCAGAGAGCUCGCGGCAUCUUGUCCCAUACGCCGCUGAUCGACGGCCAUAAUGAUCUUCCAAUUCUCGUACGGUUUUACUUCAAUAAUCACAUCUACGGGAAGAACUUCACCGAGCCCUUUGUGAACGGCGGCUUUAUGCAACAUGUUGAUCUACCCAGGCUUCGUGAGGGACAGAACGGGGGUGCAUUCUGGAGCGUUUUCGUUCCAUGCCCGGAUAAUGGCAGUGACUUUUCCGAUGCAAACUACGCCGAAAGCGUCCAAUGGACUCUUCAACAGAUCGAUGUCAUGAAUCGUAUCAAGGAGGCCUAUCCCAAAGAUUUCUCUCCCAACCUGGACAGCGAUGCUGCUCUGGCGGCCUUCCAUCAGGGUCAGCUGAUAUCCCCCUUGGGAGUCGAGGGACUGCACCAGAUCGGCAACUCGGUCGCCAACCUCCGACGUUACCAUGCCAUGGGCGUCCGCUACUCGACUCUCACCCACAACUGUCACAACAAGUUCGCCGACGCCGCGCUUCUCGAGAGCCCUCUGCGCAAGGCCGAGCCCCUAUGGCAUGGUGUCAGCCCAGCUGGCCGUCGCCUCAUCCACGAAAUGAACCGAGUCGGUCUUAUUGUUGAUCUCUCCCACACGAGCGAGGAGACACAGAUUGAUGUUCUGGGAGGCAAGGACUGGGAGGGCAGCAAGGCGCCCGUCAUCUUCUCCCAUAGCUCUGCCUUUAGCGUGUGCCCGCACCCACGCAACGUCAAGGAUAACGUGCUGCAGCUCGUCAAACAGCGCAACGCAGUCGUCAUGGUCAACUUCGCCCCCGAGUUCAUCACGUGCGUCGAGUCCGGCAACGCCAACGGUCUGCCGACGUACUUCCCCGGCAAUGCCACGCUCGCCCAGGUUGCCCGGCACGUGCUGCACAUUGGCAACCUCAUCGGCUUCGACCACGUCGGCUUCGGCUCCGACUUUGAUGGAAUUGGGUCGGUCCCCAAUGGAUUGGAGGACGUGUCCAAGUACCCAGACCUUGUCGCCGAGUUGCUGAGGCAGGGUUUGAGCGAUGAGGAUGCGGCCAAGGUCGUUGGCGGAAACAUUCUUCGCGUCUGGAAGGAGGUUGACGCAGUUGCGGCCAAGCUGCAGAAGGAGGGCGAGCUUCCUCUCGAGGAUGAUCUGCCCAGCUUUACGUAG